GACACCUCUGUGAGGACUGUGUGGCUCCGCCGAGGAAGAGGUGACGUCCCCCCGGAAGCAGGACCAACAUGGCGGCCAUCGUGAGACUUGUCAACAGAAGCGCGAUAAGUUCCGCGAUGGGUCAACAGUUCCUGACGUUCAGCUCCGCAGCGAAGGCUGGUGUUAAAGCAGGUCAAGUUCUUCCAGAGAAGGUGAAAAUAGUGGAGGUGGGACCCAGAGAUGGUCUUCAGAAUGAGAAGACUAUCGUGCCAACAGAGACAAAAAUCCACCUGAUUGACUUGUUGUCAGAGUCCGGGCUGCCUGUCAUCGAGGCCACCAGCUUUGUGUCCCCUAAGUGGGUCCCACAGAUGGCAGAUCAGGUGGAGGUGAUGAAAGGGAUUGGUAGGAAACCUGGAGUGUCGUAUCCAGUCCUUACCCCCAACCUCAAGGGUUUCCAGGCUGCUGUGAAGGCAGGAGCUGCAGAGGUCGCCAUAUUUGGCGCUGCGUCUGAGCUUUUCAGCAAGAAGAACAUAAACUGCACCGUGGAGGAGAGUUUACAGCGCUUUGACGAGGUCAUGAAAGCAGCUAAAGAGGCUGGUGUGCCAGUUCGAGGUUACGUGUCGUGUGUUCUUGGAUGCCCAUAUGAGGGAAAAGUGGCACCUGAAAAAGUUGCACAUGUAGCGAAGCGUCUUUAUUCCAUGGGCUGCUAUGAGAUCUCCCUAGGCGACACCAUUGGAGUGGGGACUCCAGGUAGCAUGACUCAGAUGUUAACGGCGGUGACAAAAGAGGUGCCAGUCAGCGCCCUGGCAGUUCACUGCCACGAUACCUAUGGCCAAGCCCUGGCUAACAUCCUUGUUGCCCUACAGCUGGGAAUCAGUGUGGUUGACUCAUCAGUAGCUGGACUGGGUGGCUGUCCCUAUGCCCAGGGGGCUUCUGGGAAUGUUGCUACGGAAGAUGUCGUCUAUAUGUUGCAUGGACUCGGGAUUCAAACAGGAGUGGACCUCUCCAAGCUGAUGUCGGCCGGAGCUUUCAUCUGUCGAAGCCUCAACAGAAAGACCAGCUCCAAAGUGGCACAGGCCACAUGCAAACUGUAGACGACAGCCCGAUCACAAGCCGUGGUCUUCUGUACGUUCCAUUCUAUUCUAUUUAAAUUUGAUUUGUAUCAGAAUAUUAUAUCAAUAUUUGAAUGUAACUGACCCCAUUCUCUGUUACAAAACAAAGUACUUGAUUAGAUUACCACUACAUGAAAGCAUCGCUGGAACAGUGCCUUAUGUAAAGUCAGUCUAAUCAUACACAAGCUACCUUUCAAAAGCCAAGCCCUUUUUUCUUUUAUAUUAAUAAAUAGUUUGCUUACAUCACUGGAACAGUGGGCAAGAUAAAGUUUAGUAAAGAUAAUAAUAAAACAAACUGUGUCCAAUAGUGGAUAAACUCACAGUUGACAGUCCUAAUGAAUCAGGGCAUUGUGUUGGUUUGUGAAACAACAGGAAUGGGCUCUACUCCACAGAUUAUUUUUGUGGUAAAUAUGCUGGAUUCCUGUUUUUCUUUAAUAUGUUUAAGUAUUUAUUUGGAAAAGCCUGUACAUAUGCUACUAGAUGUGAUUUUUAAAAAUAAACAUGAU